AUGGUCGACCAUGACACCGACGACCAGGUGCCGGUCGACGAUCUGACGCCGGAGGAGGCCAGUCGCAUCAUCCACUCGCACCGCAAGGUUCGAUACGGGACCGCUUGCUGGCCAUGCCGCCAGCGCAAGGUCAAGUGUGACAACCAGCAGCCGUGCGAGAACUGCGUCAAGCGAGAGCACCCUCAGCUGUGCUCUUACAAGCCCAACCGCUCCUCGGCUAGCAAGAACAAUGCUGCUGCCGCUCACACCCGGAAGAGGGCUCGCUCCCCGUCUGAUGCAGACGACAAUGUCAAGGAUGAGCGCCAGGAGAGCUGGCCGCCAGCAAUUGGACUGUCCACGACUCAGGACGACUCUGACUCGGUGCCUGACCGUUAUGUUGGACAAAACAGCAUCCCGGCACUGCUGGGAGAGCAGUCACCAAACAACAAGGAGGAUGGCACCGACAUUCGCCGUGACAUGCGGUCCAUCCUGGGGCUUGACACAUCUGCCCCCUUUCCUCUCAUGUCAUCCAAUCAUCUCCAGAGGCUUGCCCGUGAUAUUGCCACCGAGCUACCGUCAGAUAGAGAAGUGAUGAAGCUCUUCCGCACUUACAAAGAGAUCCCACAGCCCUUCUGGGGCUUUGUACUGGAUAUCGAUGAGCUCGAGUCCAAUCUCAUGAUCUACUUGGAGGAUCGCUCCCGGAAUGCCUCCAAAUCCGGCAAGGCCUCGAAGCCUGUCACGGCGUCUUGGCUCGCCAUCCUCUUUGCAGUCUUGGCAGUCGGCUCCCAGUAUCACGAGUCUCCGUAUCAUAUCCGCACCAAGGAUUCGCAAAAGUACAUUCAGAUAUCUUUCCAUCUUCUCCGACUGGCAAACUUUCUAUUGAGGCCAUCGUUCGACUCGAUCCAAGCACUGCUAUUAACCAACUUUGUCCUUCUCAACGACAUGAAGGCCGAGGCAUCAUGGGCACUCACAGGCCUCACAUGUCGCCUUGCCCAAUCCCUCGGACUCCAUCGCCCAACCAUUCGCGGCAGUCGCGAGACUUCGCCCCCCGCCGCCAACUCCAAGGAGAUGAUUCGGCGAAGGCUAUGGUGGUCAUGUGUCUGGCACGAUACCUUGACAUCCCUGUCUUUUGAUCGGAGCUCAAUGACAAACAUUCCGAGCUGCCCGAUUCCUCACAAUGGGGAUGCAUCCGCGGGCAACUAUACUUAUCUAGAAAUGAUGUACAACCUCAUCGAAAUCAUUUCGCGACGACUCAAUCCCGAUGUCAUGGCUUCCGCUACCUACCAGCAGAUAUAUGACAACUGCGAGGCGGUCGAGGAGCUCCGCAAGCGGGCCGCCCCCCAUAUGCAGGACAAGGAAAAGUGCAAGACGGCCUUGGACCGUCUUCAAUUUUUCGCCAUCCGCCUCCAUACGUCCUUUGUCAUUUCCGUUGCGUGUCGACCGGCGCUUCGUAGGGACUGUCCCUUUGAUCCGGCACAGAAAAAGGCCCUGUCAGAAAGAUGUAGGGUCAAUCUGACCGAGACGGUGACCAUGUUCCUCGCCAUGCAUCAGCUUUCGGUAAUUCCCACGCGAAGCUGGGCUUUCACCUACCACGGCUUGUCGUCGGCUCUGCUGCUUGGCCUCCUCUCCGACACCAAGUCUGACCCCGAGGUCCGGCAGCUCCAGGGGGAUCUGAUCGAAGCUCUUUCUGCGACGGCGGCCAAGGAGGUUAGCUCCCCGGAGGCUCACGUCGCCAAGACCGAUAAGGACAUUGAGCUAUCUGGCCCCCUGUGGAGAGCACUCACGGCCCUCAAAAACAUCUACGACCACGGCCAAGUCAACAUGUCGAGCCUCAAGAGAGACGGCGAGCUGUCCGCCGUCGCCAGUGGAAGUCGGACUCCGCUGCAUCUGGGGCUGAACGGCCAGGGGGGUUACAACAACAUGAUAUCGAAUCCGUCGUUCCGGACUGUAGCCCCGGUGACGGAUGCCCGCGAAGAUGCAGCAAUGGCCAUGGCCGAGAUGCAGAACGGGGCAUCCAUUCAGGACAUGUCGGCGUGCCUAAUUCGUGAUAACAGGAUGAGCUACCCUCAACAAAUGAACAGCAACAUUGCCAUGGACGGCAUCCCGCCCAUUGUCGAUCCGAUGCAGUUCAACGCGCCCAUGGAGCUCUACGAUUCCAUCUGGGUCGAAUCUCCCCCUGAUCCAUGGAACACCGGCGUCGACGCCUUCAACUUUGACUUUUUGGCGCAGCCUCCGCCGGGUCAAAACCAUCAACAAUUCUAUUUCUAG